UGCUUUUUAUAUAUUUGUGAGGUUGUGAUGAUGAUUGUGUAGCAAAAAUGAUUUUUGCCCCCUUCAAAUCUAGGUGGCUUAGUAUUCAAUGUGCUGCCAAUAGUUUGAUAAAUAUUUUUCCUAAGCCUAACUCUGAUCCUUAAGGAAUGAACCAAUUAACCUUGAAUAUGAUGAUCACUGUUUCAUCCCUGCAAGUGUGAAUAUAUGAGUUUGUGAUGGUUGGUUUUCUGAUACUUUGCAUUACUGGCAUUAAUGUGGAGAUAGGUACUGUUGAAAUCUGUUGGUGAUGGAUUGCUCUGAUCAUGCAAGUAAAAUGGCAAAAUCCGCAACAGGGAGUAGUGCUAUCCGGAGGAGGCCUCGGGUACUAAUUGCUGCUUGUGGAAGUGUUGCUGCUGUAAAAUUUGGACAUGUUUGCCGUUGUUUUGCAGAAUGGGCAGAAAUAAGGGCAGUUGUUACAAAAUCAUCCUUGCGUUUUAUUUCUGUACAAACAUUUCCUAAGGAGAUUCAUGUAUUUUGGGAUGAUAAUGAAUGGAACACUUGGAAAAGGAUAGGUGAUCGUGUGGUUCAUAUUGAGCUUAUUAGAUGGGCUGAAAUCAUGGUUAUUGCUCCAUUGUCAGCGAAUACUCUUGGUAAGAUAGCAGGCGGGUUAUGUGACAAUCUUCUGACAUGCAUUGUGAGAGCAUGGGACUACACGAAGCCACUUUUUGUGGCACCAUCCAUGAACUCUAUCAUGUGGAAAAACCCUUUCACAGAACGGCAUUGCAUGACCAUUGAUGAGCUUGGGAUCUCUCUCAUCCCACCUGUCGCACAUAGGGGAGCUAAUGGGGAUAUGGAGCAUGGAGCAAUGGCUGAACCUUCUACCAUUUACUCAACUGUGAGGCUUUAUUAUGAAUUAAAGAUGCAGUAAAAGGUGUAGGUAACCAGGACCGACAGUUUUGACCAUUAUGGUGUAAGUAUAGAUUUUUGGUUUUGUCAGGAAUCUUGACUCUUUUUGAUCUUUUAUCAUUUGAGUUAAGUACUUGAAUAUACUAUACUGUGAUCAUAUUUGAUUUGGUCAUAUAGUUUCAUUGAGCAGUGUAGUAAGUAAUAAGACGCAAUUAUUGAAGUAAAAUUUGAUAUGAAUUUCUUAAAAAUUA